AUGUUGUACCAGGAUAAGCAGAAAGAGGAGGAGGAGAAAGAGGAGGAGAAUGGGGGCCUCACAUGGGAGGUGAGGGCAAACAGCCGCCACUACCACAAACACAAACAGAAGAAAUCCUUUCUGUGCUUCCACUGGGGGCGAUAUGCGGACAAUUUGGUAUGCAGCUACAAGUACUCCCCCCUGACAUUCCUGCCCCUGACACUGUUUGAACAAUUCCAGCGAGUGGCCAAUCUCUACUUCCUCCUCAUGGUGGUGUUGCAGUGUGUCCCUGUCAUCUCAUCUAUACCCUGGUACAUCACCAUCAUCCCGCUGCUCUCCGUACUCUCUAUGAGAGGGCUGAAAGACCUUGCCAAUGACUUGACGAGGAGACGCAGUGACACUGAGAUUAACUCCCGACCCUGUGACGUACUCCUCUCCCAGAGUUUCAGCACAAUGCAGUGGAAGGAUCUGUUUGUGGGAGAUGUGCUUCGGAUCCACAAAGACCAAGUCAUCCCUGCUGACAUUCUCCUCCUGUGUAGUUCAGAGCCUCACAGUCUGUGUUAUGUGGAGACAGCAGAUAUUGAUGGAGAGACUAACCUCAAGUACCGGCAGGCGCUCAGUACUACACACAAUGAGCUGACCUCUCACCCCUCAGAGGAAACGCUUGCUGCCUUUGAUGGUGUUGUACUAUGCGAGGAGCCCAACAAUCGUCUGUACACCUUCAGAGGCCAGCUGCACUGGAGAGGAGAGUGUCUCCUGCUGGACCACGAGCACAUCCUCCUGAGGGGAACAGUCCUACGCAACACAGAGUUUGCCUACGGAUUGACCAUAUAUACUGGCGCGGACACUAAGAUCCUGAGGAACUGUGGGAAACUGAGAGUGAAGAGGACUCAAACAGAAAAAGUUUUCAACAGAGUGGUGAUGGGGAUAGUCCUGUUCGUGCUACUGGCAGCUCUGCUCCUUGCCAUCGGCAGCGGCGUGUUUUCGAGUUGGGUCAUGAGCAACACAGGGGUUCUGUCUGCUCUGGUGGUAAACGGCAACCCCGCCUACACAGGGUUCCUCGUCUUCUGGAGCUACAUCAUCCUGCUCAGUCCGGCCAUGCCUAUAGCUCUCUACAUCACGUUUGAGCUGAUCCACACGGUUCAAAGCCUGUUUAUUGGCUGGGAUAUAGAGAUGUAUUGGCAGCCGGCAGACAGACCGGCCCAGGCCAGGAAUACCUCACUGAGUGAGGAGCUCGGCCAAGUGGGAUACCUGCUGAGUGACAAAACUGGGACACUAACCCAGAACCGUCUGCUCUUCAGACAAUGCUGCAUAGCUGGGGAGAUCUACGGUAACAAUAAACUGAAACCAUCUCAUGAUUUUCCACCUGGUGAUGCAUCAGUCCUGGCAGAGGACACAGAGCCGAUGGACUUAAGCUGGAAUCCAUUCUCCUGCGGUGGUCUUUUCAUGUCGGCUACCAGCCUGGUGGAGAAGCUCAGAAGACAGCAGUGUCCACUCAGCAGACAGUUCCUCACAGCGCUGGCUUUAUGUCACACUGUCAUGGCAGAGUGGAAGGAAGAGGCUCCCGUGUACCAGGCAGCGUCCCCAGAUGAGGAAGCUCUAGUUGGUGCAGCCAGGGAGCUGGGCUGGGUCUUUCUUUCUAGAACAAGAGACUUUAUCGUUGUCUCAGAGCUGGGCGUUACUCGCCAAUAUCAACUGCUGGCACUGCUGGACUUCACCAGCCAGAGAAGACGCAUGUCUGUACUUGUGCGGGAGCCAGAGGGUGGGUUAAAGCUGUACUGUAAAGGGGCGGACAUAGUGAUCCUAGAGAGACUGCAGAAGGACUGUCCAUAUCAGGAAAGGAUUGAAAGAUCCUUGGAGUUGUUUGCCCAGGCCUGUCUGAGGACUCUGUGUGUUGCGGUUCGAUCUGUUCCUGAGGCAUCAUGGGAGCAGUGGAGUAAAACUCUGGCCCAGUCUGCUGCCAUGGCGACCUGUGACCGUGACGUAUUGCUGGAAAAGUUAUAUGAUCAGAUGGAGAAAGACCUGCAGCUCCUGGGGGUGACAGCAAUAGAGGACCGGCUUCAGGAGGGCGUUCCUGAGACUAUUGCUCUACUAAAACAGGCUGGGCUUAAAGUAUGGGUACUAACAGGAGACAAAAAAGAGACUGCAGUGAAUAUUGGAUAUUCUUGCAAACUAUUGGAUCCUGAUACCAGAUUACUGGAAUGGCAUGAGCUGAGAGAGAUACUCCAGUCCCCAGACCCAGGGGUCAGUUUCUUCAAGGCCAGACAGACAGAGCUGUGGGCUGUCGACAAAGGGAGGGAUGGAGCAAAGACUGCUGUGGUCCUCACUGGACCUGAGCUGGCAGAGUUUGACCAGAGACCAGAAUGGGGGGCCACGUUCAUGAGCCUGGCAGAACAGUGUCAGUCGGUCCUAUGCUGUCGUGUUACACCUGGACAGAAGGCUGACAUUGUCACAUUGGUCAGGAAACACACCAGCUCAGUCACCAUGUCCAUUGGGGACGGUGCCAAUGACGUAAACAUGAUCAAGACUGCUCAUGUUGGUGUGGGAAUAGCAGGAGUGGAGGGAGGUCAGGCAGUGCAGAAUGCAGACUUUGCGCUGUCCCAGUUCAGAUUUCUGCAGAGGCUGCUGCUGGUCCAUGGGCGCUGGUCCUACAGGCGCAUUUCCCUCUUCUUGCGUUACUUCCUGUUUAAGACCUGUGGUUUUGCACUAGUGCACAUAUGGUUUGGUAUCUUCAACGGCUGCAGUGCUCAGUCUCUGUAUGAGACUUGGUUCAUCGCUCUCUACACUGUCUUCUACACAGCGACCCCAGUUAUGCUUGUGGCCUUCUUUGAACAGGACGUGAGUGCAGAAAGCAGCCUGAAAUGGCCGGAGCUGUACAAGUCUGGACAGAGACAGGAGCUCUCCAACCCUCUCAUGCUGUCCUUGUCGCUCCUGUAUGCUGUGUACGCAUCGCUUGUUCUCUUCUUCAUCCCGUUUGGAGUCUUCUACGACACAGCCGUUGACUACCAGACCAUGGCAGUCACUGUCGCCAUGGCAGCCACGUUCACUGCCACCAUUGAGGUCAGGAACACACUUUUCAUAAGUGAACUACAGAAACUUGCGGUCGCAAGUCAAACAUAAAUGUUAUGAAAAGUUUAUGUA